AUGGUCUUCCACGAGGAUGUUGACGAUGCUAUCGCCGGUGUUGUCAAUGCUGCAGAUGUUCACUUCGGUGCUCGCGACCUUGGCUGGCAGGCCCUUGGGCCUACGAUCGCUGUCGUCAUCUUGUCGAGCUGCGUGGUUGGCCUCAGAUGGUAUACUCGUGCGAGGCUUCUGCACUGUGUUGGCUGGGAUGACUAUGUGAUGUUGGUGUCUUCGAUUCUGUCUUGGGUCAUGCUCGCUCUCAUUGCGGCUGCGGUCCACCAGGGCGUUGGCGUUGUUCAUGAAAGCGCAUUGCAAGCUGCCACUGUCACCAAACUCAUCAUAGCCAACAACAAUAUCUGGGCGAUCUUGGUCAACGUCACGAAGGCCUCCAUUUUGAUGCAGUACCUCCGCAUCUUCACAGACCGAACAACACGAGCUUUGUGCUAUGUACUCCUCGCUGCCCUCCUACCAGCUAUUUUCUGGGCAGUCCUGGGCGGAACACUACUCUGCAGUCCUGUGGCCAAGCUUUGGGACCCUCAGAUACCUGGUCACUGCCUCUCAGCACGCUGGUACUGGAUCUCUGUUGCCAUCGUGGAUAUUGACAUAGACUUCUUCGUUCUCUGUCUUCCCAUACCAGCUGUCUUCGGACUACACUUGCCGCGCAAGCAGAAACUAAGCUUGGUUGGAGUGUUCUCCCUCGGCUUCUUUGUUUGUGGAGCUGGCAUCGCGCGCCUCACGAGUGUUUCGGUGUUCUCUGCGAGAGACGAGUAUACCGUCUCUGGUGUUUGGGCUAUCAUUUGGUCAGUCGUCGAGGCUAAUGUCGGCAUCAUCUGCGCCUCACUACUUGCACUCCGGCCAUUGCUAGAUCUCUGGUUCCCGAAUGUCACGCAAGAUGAUGGACCGCCGAAGUAUAGUAUCUGGCUGCUACCAAUGCAGAACUCGCUGCCUGUUGAGGCGUCCGAGGCUGGCGGAACAACGGCCAAGCAACCUGAGACGCCUACAUCUGCUAGAAGUGGAUGGAGAAGUACACACAAGUCUUCUCUGCCUACCAUCACUCUCUCACAGGCUCCAAUCUCAACCUUAUCACCAGCAGCCAAUCGAGCUCCGUUCUUGCCCAAUGAGCCUAUGAAGCUCUAUGCGCCGCCUCGGACAAGAAGAGGUACACCACUCCACGCACAACGGUAUCGCCAGCUGCCAGAGCAAUAUACACCACGGACAUUUCUGCAUCCGAUGGCCAUACCACAAAGCAAUACGAUCCAUCCCAGGGGUGGCAUGUCUACCGCAUCAACACCUUCGAAACAACAAGCAGCGAUGACAGAAGCUUUUGAGUCCUUUCGUCCCAGCACAGACUCAGAAACAUCGUCAUCACCAGACCCGACCACACGGCCUGAGACACCGCCACCAGAGCCUUGGCGACCUAACAGAUCGCCAUUCAACCCUCCGGUGCUGGCUUCUAAUCCUCUCCCUGCCAAGCCGAGAAUCAUUCCCGAUUCACCGCUCAGCGAUAGGCCCUUGUGGCCUAAGGACAAGAGCAAGAUGUGGGAACAUGAGGACGGCUUUGUGAUGGAUGGGUGCAUGCUUUGA